AUGUGGAAACGAGCAGGCGAUGCAGAGAUGCGAAAACACCAAGUGGCGCUCGAAGAAUGGAAAGCCGAGGGAAAAAUGGAGCCCGCUGUGCGUCUCGUCGAGAGGUGGCAAUCCCGCAAUGACCUACACAGUUCGUUUAUCGCAAGCCUGUCGUGCCUAGCGACCACCUCCCCAAACCACGAUCGCUCCAGCGCGCCAAGGAGCUCCCCCUUCAGCAUGGCCAGCGUGCAAGACGCCGUCAAGCGAUGCCUGAAAGACCAGGCCCACGAGCUGGCCGGCAGCCUGCUGUACCUGGACGCGGGCGCCGCCGAGGCGGUGGCGGCAGGCGUGGGCCUCGCCGCGCUGCAGGAGCUGGGCGCUGCGGCCGUCUGCGACCUGGCUGCCGCCUCGGCGGCGGACCUGGCCACCGCGGCGCUGCUGUCUGGCUCGGGCGCCCCUGUGCGGCGCGUGGCCUUCUUCGUCACCACGCUGCUGGCCGAAGCAGAGGUGGCGGUGCUGGCGGCCUGCAGCCUGCACGCGGCGGCAGCCCAGUUCACCGUUCUGUGCAGCAGCUCGCAGGCGGCCCAUCACGACGAGCUGCCAGCGCGGUACGGCGGCAGCUGCUUUGCCGCCCUGGGCGCAGCCUGGCAGCAGCAGCUGAACGAGGGUCGACGCGCGGCGGGCCAGGGCCCCUGCAGCCUGGCCCUCGCGUACUGCCCCAUGCUGCUGUGCCCGCUCAGCGGUACCGCGUUUGUGCUGGCGGCGGCCUCGGCGGCGGCCACACUGCCACGCGCGGGCCGGCUGGCUGCCGGGUACAGCACCAGCGCUGCAGCAGCGGCAGCAGACGACUCAGACGAGGAGGGGCCGCGCCCGGCAGAGGCGCCUGGCCGCCGCAGCGGCAGCGCCGGCGCCGCCGCCGGCGGCUCUCCCGCCUCUGGCCUCCACCUGCUGGCUCACACGCUGACCGGCGUGGCGGCGGUGCUGGGGUACCGCCCCGAGGCCUUUGCCCUGGGCCCCUGCAGCCGCCAGAUCUGCUCCCACAUGUCGUUUGUGCCAACAAUGGCUGAGGAUGCGCCGGCGGCGGCGCUGGUGCUGGUGGAUCGCGUGCUGGAUCCCGUCAGCCCCGUCCAGCAUGCUGACCUGCUAGUGCAGCGACUGUACAGCCGCCUGCAGCAGCCCGGCGCCGCGGGAGGCGACGCCGGCCAGCCACCGGCGGCUGCGCCAGCGGCGGCGGCUGGCAGCAGGCCCCGUCAGGAGCCCUUCUCGCCGCUGGCCCGCGAGCUGCCCAUGCCGAGCCUGGACCAGCCGCCUGCCGCCGCGGCUGCGCCCGACGCCGGCAGCAGCGGCGCGAGCAGCGGCGGCGGCGCGGAUGGCGCAAGAGGCGCAGGCAGCCUGCUGCCGGGCAGCUUGCGGCACCCUGAUGAUGUACUGGCGGAGCGUUGGCUGGAGUUCCUGCUGAGCCGCAAGGGCCGCGACGGGCCCCUGUUUGUGCGCAAGUGGCUGCGGGAGGCGGCCAGGAAGGAAAACGUGGGGCAGCUGCAGCGCUUCAAGCCCGGCAGCAUCAGCGCAGCCGAGCUGCGCUCCCUGGCAGACGGCUUGCGGCGGCAGUCGCCAGCCGCGGCGCACCGCCAUGCCGCGCUGCUGCAGCUGGCUGAGGCGGCUGCUGCCGCGCUCGAGGGGCCCCAUGCAAGCAAGAGCCCCUCCCUCUGCAACCAUUUUCACCCUCCGUUACUGUACACAACUGUAUACAACUGUCCUGCCGCCACCUCGACCACUGCGCUCCUGCUUGCUUCAUUGCGCUGCUGUGCGCCCGCCAUCGCCUGCUGCCGCAGAGCACUGGGAGGCGAUGCAGCGGGAGGAGCGGGCCCUGCUGUUUGCCUGCACCGAGUCGGCCGACGCGGCGGCUUCCCACCUGGCGGACCUGUGCGGCCUGGCCGGCAGGCCCGGCAGCCCGCUGCGCCUGACAGAUGUGGUACUGCUGGUACUGGCAGCGUACUGCCUGCUCCCCGACUUUCUACCCUGGUAUGCCGGAGGCGAUGGCGGCAGGGGGGCAGCCUUCCAGCCGCAGCAGGAGGUGCAGCUGCAGGAGGCACUUGUAGAGGCGGUGAUGGCCUGCGGCAGGUCCGCUGCCCAGGACGCUGCCGCUGCCAAGGUUGGAGCGGUGCCAGCGGCGCCAGCAGCGGCGGAAGCAGCGGCAGCAGCCGGCGGCCCGCCCUGGCUGCUGGAGCAGCUGUGCGGCCGGGUGGCACUGGCAGCCGCCAAGCAGGCGGGAGCGGCCGCGGCAGCGGGCGCCGCGGGCGACGGCGGUGGCAGCGGCGGCGGCGACGAGGAGCUGCGGGCGCUUCGGUUGGAGGCGCGGGACGCGGUGGAAGCGCUGCUGGGCCGCAUGCGGGAGCUGGCUGCCUGCCGCCUGUCCCAGCUCAAGCACGCCAGGCACCUGGCGGCGCUGGGCCAGGACGGGGCCCCGCACCACAUGCCGCUGCUGCGCCAGAUCGCGGAGCACGUGCUGCGGGACCAGCCGGUGCCCGACCUGCACGCUGGGGCCACCUCGCUGUCGGGCCUGCUGCGCUCCGGCCUGGGCCGCUUCGGGCUGCAGGCGGGGCCCAAGCCAUCCGACUGCUCCACAGUCAUCCUGUUCGUGGUGGGCGGCAUCAGCGUCGCAGAGCUGCACGCCGUCAUGCAAGCCGUGGACGAGCGGGCGGCGCAGGUCAGCAGCCAGGGCGGCGGUGGCGGCGCAGCAGCAGGAGCACCGCGGCCUCCGCGCAUCCUUGUGGGAGCCACAGCCCUGCUGGAGCCCGGGGAGGUGUGCGGGCACCUGUUUGCUGAUCUGGAGGCAGCCUGA